AUGGCUCACCUCCAAGCCUUCGCCAGGCCCAACGGCUUCGCCGUGAUCCGACGUAAUGCCGGCAACUAUAGAGAUUUCGAUGGAGUCAAGAAGCCUACGCGCUACAGAGUUCGCUGUGACAAAGAUGCUAUUCGCGCCUCCGGGAGCUACGGUACCCGCAAGGCUGGCACCCAGAAGAACAACUGUCCUUAG